GGAAUGGAAUGGGAUUUGCUUAUAUGUCCAGCUAUUAGGAAGCGUAUAGAAGAGCUGAAGGUUAAACAGAGGUAAUUAUUUUACUUUAAUAUGCUUAUGUUAAUUAUGAGGAUGUGUUAUUGAUUCACUGAUGUUAAUAUGCUUAAACAGAUUGUGGGGAGUUACUCCUUGUGGUUAUCAAAAGUAUGAGGUUAGAUUCACUGAUGUUGCAUAUGGAGUGGAUCUAAUUGCAAAGAAGUGUGCCUGUAGAAUAUGGCAACUUACAGGGAUACCAUGCUUACAUGGAGUGGCAGCAAUAUCUUACUUGAAUCAUGAUGCUGAGGCAUAUGUGUCCCAAUCAUACACUACCGAGGCUUACCUAAAAUGCUACAAAUAUAGCAUUAAUCCUCUCAAUAGUAGUGAAAUGUGGCCAGAUGUUCCAUACCAUAAGCCUUUGCCUCCCAAAAGAAGAAGAUUACCUGGUAGGCCAUCUGUGAAAAGGAAGAGGGAUGCAAUUGAACGAGAGUUGAGUGGAUCAAGUAGACAAACUGUCUCAAGAAGGGGUAGCAUAAUAAAGUGUGGUAUUUGUAAGGAACCAGGUCACAACAAGAAAAAGUGUCCAUCUAACCAACAAAGCAAUACAUCAGUACCAAGUUCAUCCAGGGGCAGUGGAGCAGACCCAAGUUUAUCCAGGGGCAAUGAAGGACCACCACCUCCUCCACCACCACCUGCAACCCAACAACCUCCUCCACCACCACCUGCAGCCCCCAUGCCAAGAAGAAGGGUCCCAGUUAGUAGAAGUGGAAGGAGGAAAUAUUCUGAACGGAUUAUCAAACAAGCAUUAAGGAGGCAGAUACCUGGGGUUGGGAGUAAUGCAGAUAACCCUUCAGUUAUUGAUUAAUUUAGUGGGUGUGUAGUGGGUGUAAGGCAGUUGUGAUGUAAAGACAAAGUAGUAGUCUUUUUAUUAUGCUUUUCUAUGGUACUAUCAAGUAGGUGUAUGGGCACAUGGUGGCCCUUCUUUUGUCUAUGCAGGAAUCUUUUGUGUUACCUAGAAACUACUUUUGUGUAUGCAGACAAAAACUUAUAUAACUGUAGAAUAUUAAUGGCGUAUUACAAUGAAUCCAACCACCACAUUCACUUA